CCUGAUAGUCCGUUUCCUCAGGCUCUUCCAUAUCUUGACAGAUGUGGUCAAGUGAAGACCCACUUUGUGCCUCCCAAACCCCGCAAAUUCGUGGAGGCGUUUCGCCAACAACUGACCAGCACGGGAGGCUCUGAGGCCUCUGUGGAGUCAAUGGCCGCUGUUCCGGAAGCGCAAUCAACUCGUCUCAGCAGUAACUCGUCAUGUUCACUCACUGGUCACAACACCGUGGUUCCAGGCAAAUUCGAUCAAACCACUCCCCGCACACUGCCGCCACAUCUUGCUGGUGCAGACCGCAAGUUGAGCACUCUUUGCUCUACCGCUCGGGUCACCGUUUACAGGCGUUGGAGCGCAGAGGCCUCCGCUGCCCGGCGGCCCCCACUUUUUGGGACAAUCGUACCAGCUAGAACGCAGUCCCCAUCACAAUUUACAGACGUCUUCAUUGUUAAAUGGAGCGAGGAACCGGUUCAAAUGCAAAUUGACGUAAAAACGGGCCAUCUCAUCCUGUCUUAUAUGGAGGAACGCCUACGCAAUAGAGACCGACUGGACGCUGACUGGGCGGCAAUAAGUUCUUACGAAAGUGAAGAGGCUGUCCCCUGCGAGGCCGCGAACAAACCGGAGAAUGCUUGUAAGAAUCGAGCCAGCUGCCCUGUUCCCUAUGAACAAACGCGCGUUAUGCUCUCUAAUCGUGGAAACGGCUACAUCAACGCAAGUCUAGUGUUUGACCAUGAUCCGCGCACUCCGACCUAUAUUGCUGCCGAAACGCCGCUGCCUGGUACGGUGGCCGCCUUCUGGCAGAUGGUGUGGGAGCAGUUCGCAGUGGUCAUUGUUUGCCUGGAACCAGAUAGCGCUCUCGAGCAGGUGAUGGGGAAUUGCCUUGACAGCGGGACAGACAACAUUGACACAAACACCCAGGCUCGCUACUGGCCUCCGGAGGGCUGCUCAGUGUACGGAAAGUUCGAGGUACGUUUUCAAAGUUGGUCCUCCUCGCUGAAGCCUUUAGAAUCAAUCGCUUUGUUUUGA